AUGUCAGCUCUCUUUGUCGGGCUCAAUCACCAUCAACAAGUGAUGAUUUUCGGAGCAUGUCUGAUGUACGAUGAGAUGAUUAUCUCCUUUCAGUGGUUGUUUUCGAACUUCUUGGAUUGCAUGAAGGGCAAGGAGCCAACAACCUUGUUCACUGAUCAAGAUGUUGCCAUCGCUGCUGCCAUAAAGUCCAAGUUCUCUUCUACAUAUCAUGUGUUGUGCACCUGGCACUUGAGAUUAAAUGCUGAGGAACAUAUUGGCUCAAUUUCCCGCACCCAGGAAUUUAAGGAUCACAUGAUGUACCUGUUCUAUCAUGUCGAUACCGUAGAAGAGUUUGACAUAGCAUGGGUUCCUAUGAUCGAGGAAUGCUUCCCCGGUGUGGAUGUUAAAAGUGGGACCUAUUGGUUGAGUCGAUUUUUAAAACUUCGCGAGAAGUGGUGUUCGGAAUGGUUAAAAAGGAAUUUCACAGCUGGGAUGACAACUACGCAGCACGCAGGCCAGUGA